AUGACCAGUCCAGAUGAACGCCCACCCCCCACCUUCCAAUCGUUUUUGUUGUUCAAAGGUGAGAAGAAGAUCACCAUUAACAAGGACACUAAGGUAUCCAGUGCCUGUUUGUUCACCAUCAACAAAGAAGAUCAUACACUAAGAAACAUUAUUAAAUCACAGCUGUUGAAGGACCCAGAGGUGCUGUUGGAUGGCUACAAAGUUUCCAACCCCUUGGAACACAAGAUCAUCAUCUGUGUGCAGACCACACCAGACUAUAGGCCCCAGGAGGCCUUCACCAAUGCCAUCACAGACCUCAUUAGUAAGCUUUCACUGCUGGAAGAGCGAUUCUGGGUGGCCAUCAAAGACAAGCAAGAAGGAAUUGAAUAG